CUCGUGCGUCCGCAUCCAGGAAGCCGGGAAGCCCGGCGUUCGGGAUCCCGCGCGGAGGUACGCAAUGUCGGAGGGGGAAAAUAGGCAGAGCGAAGGCUCCCCGCAGGCCGGCGUGGUGACUGUCAGCGACGUCCAGGAGCUGAUACGGCGCAAGGAGGAGAUCGAGGCGCAGAUCAAAGCCAACUAUGAAGUGCUGGAGAGCCAAAAAGGUGUGGGGAUGAACGAGCCGCUGGUGGACUGCGAGGGCUACCCCCGGUCAGACGUGGACCUGUACCAAGUCCGAACCGCAAGGCACAACAUCGCCUGCUUGCAGAACGAUCACAAGGCCAUCAUGAAGCAGGUGGAAGAGGCCCUGCACCAGCUGCACGCUCGCGACAAGGAGAAGCAGGCCCGGGACAUGGCUGAGGCCCACAAGGAGGCCAUGAGCCGCAGCCUGGGCCAGAGCGAGGGCCUCAGCCCCCCGCAGGCCUUCGCCAAAGUGAACAGCGUCAGCCCGGGCUCCCCCGCCAGUACUGCAGGUCUGCAAGUGGACGACGAGAUUGUGGAGUUUGGCUCUGUGAACACCCAAAACUUCCAGUCUCUGCAUAAUGUUGGCAGUGUGGUGCAGCACAGUGAGGGGAAACCCUUGAAUGUGACAGUGAUCCGCAGAGGGGAGAAACACCAGCUUAGACUUGUCCCGACCCGCUGGGCAGGAAAAGGACUGCUGGGCUGCAACAUUAUUCCUUUGCAAAGAUGAUUGUCCCUGGGGAACGGUAGUAGGAAAACAUCUUCCCUUGCCCUGGACCAUGGGUCUGGUUGGGACUUUCUUCCUUCUCUUCUUUCCCCGAAGCUUAAGGAUCUGGAAGAGGUUGGAAGCCUGAACUUCUGGGUGACGGAAAUGUCGUGGCCUCCCAGUGUAAUCUCUUGGGUUUAAGGCCUUGUUAACUUGAUUUGUGCUUGGUAUCUUUUGUGAAUUAGGCUGUGGCCCCUAAAUGGGAGUCCUCUGGAUUGUGGGCAAGUGGGCGGGACUUAUUCUGGCAGGAGCUGAUAGGACUUUAUUCUUUUAGGAAUUUUUUCUCCCAAAUAAACAGUUUUCAGUGUUGAUAUGACCAUGUUAUCACCCCAACUGAAUUUUUUAAAAAAUUUUAUUUAAAUUAAAUUCAGUUAACAUUUAGUGCCAACUGAAUUUCUUAUGAAAACCUCUCAAACCAAAGCUCAGACAGGAAUUAGAACAUUCUUAUAGAAAGCUGGACAGGGGUGCCUAGCUGGCUUAGUCAGUGGAGCAUACAGCUCUUGAUUUUGAAGUUGUAGGUUCGAGCCCCAUGUUGGGUGUAGAGGUUACUUAAGAAAAAUAAAAUCUUGAAAAAAGAAAGAAAGUUAAACAGAACAGGGUCACCUGGCUGGCUCAGUUGGUAGAGCAUGCAACUUGGGGCUCUGAGUUCAAGCCCCACAUAGGGUGUAGAGCUUAUUUAAAAAAAAAAAAAAAAAAAGUUGGGACAGAACAAAUGAACAGUGGUGUUGCAGUUAAGAUUUGACCAACGACACUUUAAGAACAUCAGCCUUUAGUGAAUGGGGUUUGCACCACCUGCAUUUGCAGUGUGGCAUUGCUGCUUGGAUACAGAAAUUAUAUCCUCCAGGACCACAACUGCUCCUUUGAAGAGUGGGGAAAAUGGGGAGGCUCCCCAGGUAACCCACUGUGGUGUCUGCUUCCUCUCCUGUAACCCACCAGAGGGCAGCAAGCUCCCUUUGUUUCUGGAAUUUAAAAAAAAAAAAAAAAAGAAAGAAACCUGAUAAUUACUUUUUUUUUUUUUUGCAAAUUACCUUCUAAAUUGACUUUUUAUAAUUGAACCUCCUGGUCAUCCCCUCAGAUCAACAGUAGUUUGUAAACUGCUAAGGUGUGCGUGAUCCCUGAUGGGAACCAGCAGUGCAUGCAGAUCUGACUUCUUGGAAAUGUGGAUUCUUCCUUCCUUUUAUUUUCUUUCACAUGGCAACAUGGGUUUCAGUGAUUCUUAGUGACCCUGUGUUUUACUUUCUCUCUUCAUCUUAUCACAGUGUUUAUUUCCCUGUUUCUUGCCCACCACUUUCUGUUUCUGAGGCGGUAUGGCCCAUUCUGAUGAGCCAUGCCUGGGUUCCUUGGGAAUGGAUUUGCUUGGGUUGGGUACAGAAGCCAGCUUGCCUGACGGGAGUCCGCACUGGGGCGUGCUUCCAGCCAUAGAUUCUCAUGCUCAAUGGGAAAAACCUUCCUGUUGGGUGUCUUCCUCUAAACUACAUCCACGGGCAUUCCCCCUUAUAGCCCUACAUGCUGUGCUUACCAGCAUUUGCUGCUUAAAUUGUAUGUGUUCUUUUUCCAAGUGUUUUCCAAUCUUUUGUAAGCCCUAGAUUAUAAUAAAUACAGCUUGUACCAUCCA